GCCCACUUGCAGCAGGAACUGCUCUUCUCUGGUUCUUUUUGCUGCAAUAACUCCUGUGCCCAGAAGGAGCCUCCUUUAUUCUCCUAGGAGGACAGAGGAGAAGAAUCCUGGUGGACAGCAAGGAGCUCACCUGCUUGAAUUGGGAAGCUGGUGAAGGAGCACAGUUGGCUGUUUGACACUCCCUCAGACUUAGCAGUACAGACACAGUUGGGUUUUUCAUCGAAGAUUCAGCCCACCAGGAAGAAGAAAGAGGUCUUUGUCCAGCUUCCCUUUAAGUUGGGGCUGGCCUGACUUUCUGGUUCCUUCACUGCUUGGAGCCGAAUUGUAGAAGGUCUGUGUCGAGGUUGAAGUCUCACCAUGCCAUCCGGGGCCUGCCUUAUGUUAGUGGUGCUAUGCUGUCUUGGAGUUUUGGGACAGACCCCGAAACAGAAGAAAAUCAAUCAUGGGGAGGAGAUUCACUUUCAGACAAAGGGCAAAGAUGCUUGUACUAUGCGGGUCAGCGAUCAGGGUGAAAUCCACCUGAGGCUUGAGUGCAGGAACCAGGGCCGGGCCUCCUGGUGUGAGUACAGUGGGAAGCCUGGGCUGUGUGGGGCCUUCAUCAGCAACCCGACUUUCUACUGGAGCCAGGUGGUGCUGGGCUUGAGGAGGCUGAGUGAGCCCUGCCUGGCAGCCCCAGUGCUGAAACCCGCAGUGUGUCAGGGUGCCGGACCCGAGGCACAGCUCAAACAGGAGGCUUCUAGCCUGAAGGGUGCUUACCUCUCCAGCCAGCAGUCUGAAGCUUCUAGGCCUUCAAAACUAGGUCUCAGGUCUGAGGGACCACUCCACAAAGACUCUCAGGAACCCCAGAUGGGCAAAAGGUCUACUAGGAAGGUUGGGAAAGCCAAGCCCACUGCCCCAUCUCCAGCGAAGCCAACCCAACAAGGGCAGCAUGCCCGGAGGGAGGAGGAGGCCAUGAGGAUGGCGAAAGAAUACUGUUGGGAGCCCUUGCACAAGAUCUGCUCUUAUAUCAUUGGCAUCUUUCUGGGCUAAGGACCAAGCCCUGCAGGUUUUCUUUUUCAGAGACCUCGAACAGCUGGAGAAGGAUCCCUCCAUUCUAUAGGGUGCAGUGUCUUUUAAGUCCCUGUCUAUCCUCAGAAUAAAUAAACUGCUUGCCUAUAGCCAACUGAAUCACGA